AGCACGUGGAAGUAAAGACUGAGCUUGCAGAUGUCUCCCCAGAAUCUCUCACUUUCAGACUCACUGCACAUAGCAGUUUUGGCUUCCAUACUUUCUCUUAUCAUUUACUGGAUCAUCAGAGACAGAUACAGAGUGAGAAACCUGAAUGGAAAGCAUGUCUUCAUAACAGGCUGUGACACUGGACUUGGAAACUCACUGGCUAAAUGGCUUGACAAAAGGGGAUUUUGUGUCAUUGCUGCAUGUGCCACAGAAAAAGGAAGCCGAGAGCUACAGUGCUGCUCUUCUCUCUCACUGAAGACAGUGAAUCUGAACUUAGCAGACUCCGACAGCAUUGCCAGGGCUGUGGUGUUUGUGACUGAACAGACAGCUGGCAAGGGGCUUUUUGGCUUUGUGAGCAAUGCUGAAGGAACAGCACCUGUAGCACCCACUGACUGGCUGAGGAUUGAAGACUUCCAUUCAGUCCUGGAUGUUAGCCUGCUGGGAUUGAUUGAAAUCACACUCAAGCUUCUGCCUCUUCUGAAAAAAGCUGAGGGAAGAGUUGUCAAUCUAAUGAAUGCCAAAGGUCUCAUGGCUUUUGUAGGGGGUGGCUACAGUCUGUCCAAAUGGGGCAUGGAAGCUUUCUCUGACACCUUAAGGAUAGAAAUGCGGCAUUUUGGAGUGAAAGUAAGCAUUGUUGAGCAUGGUUUCUUUAAGGCAGAAGAAGUUAAUUCAGAUAUCAUUGAGAAAUACCUCUUCAAACUUUGGAACAGACUGACUCCUGAGAUCAGGGACUCCUAUGGAGAAAAAUACUUAGUUGAAUAUAUAAAAGCCCAAAGAUCAUCAGUGAAAAGACUGUGUGACUAUGAUACUUCUAACGUCAUAAAAUGCAUGGAACAUGCCCUGAUAGCAAAGUACCCCAGGACACGAUACAGGGCUGGAUGGGAUGCAAAGUUCUUCUGGCUGUUUCUCUCCUAUGGCCCGAGCUGUCUGUCUGAUAUGCUGCUGCGUAUUACACUUCCAGCUCCAGCAGAGAGCAGGAGACCAGUUCAUGGAGCUCUGAUGAGUGUCUAG